AUGGGUUCGAGCAUAUUUCAAACGUUAAUUUCUGGACUUGCGUUAUGGACUUCGCCUGUCGCAUCACUCGCCUUGAGUCAUGAUGGUCGACUAGCGAGCGGUGCAUGCAAUGAAGAAGCAGCUUUUAAACGGCUCUUGAAAAAUUGCCAUACGGUGGCAACACAAGCGGAACGCAAUGUAAAAAGCUCCCAUGCAGACCAGUUGGAAUACGGCUUUGGCAGAGGCGAUGAAGAGGCGAGAGCAUUGAUUGCCAGCCGCUACCGCCACAUAGCAAAUGAUUGCGCACAAGCUGGGCCGCGGACCCUCGCGCUAAUCUGCGAGGAUACCCGCAAUCAAUGCGUAGAGCAUGCCCUUGCUAUAACUAAUGACAACACCACCCAUUUCGAGAUGAUUAUAUGCCCCUCCUUCUACACCCUACUAUCGGAUGACGAGAUUAAAGACUGUCGAAUCGGCACACAGACGCGGCAAGGACCCCAGCUGAUUGAGCUGGUUGCCACGGAUCCCCACGGACUCAAUCUGACCAUUGGCCACGAUGAUAGAAUGCAGGAUGCAGGCAACUAUAUGAUGUGGGCACAUUACUACGGACUAUGUGAUAAAUAG